AUGAGUGCUUAAGUGUUAUUUCGUGUGAAAUGCUCCACAGAAUUUAGUUAAAUGGUGAGGAUCGUUGGAAACUCUUCAUAAUUGGGGAAUUGGAAUCCAUAACUAGGAUUUAAAUUAAUGACCAAUAAUGAAAUGUAUCCUAUUUGGUAUAGUGAUUUCGCUUUGGAAGUUGAACUAGAUUAACUCGUCGAAUUCAAACUAAUUAUCACUGAUGGACUUAAUUCGUUUUGGGAAUGUGGUGAAAAUCGUUGUCUUUAGAUAUAAGGAUAGAAAAUGGUGGUUAUUUUGACUUAUAACAUGCCAUCCAUCUUUAUCUACAGUAUAAAAAGGAUUAUUUCAGACAAUGAUCUGGCAACAAUCGCAUAAGGCCGAAUAAGAAAGGUUUCUUUAUAACUGUAGGAUAAGCUGUACGAUUCUGAUGAUGACUCGGAUUCCGAUUAAGAAAGUGAUGCCAACUCCAUAUUUUAAGAUGAAAUCACUUCAUGCAAUUCAAAUGAGAAUAUUUCAAAUUCUUCUCAUUUCGAGCCAAUCUUUUACAGUGAAUAUUGA